CAACAACGACCAACCAGCAACACCGACAAGCUCACAGCACAGCAGUGACGGAGAGAUGGUCUCCGCGUCCGACCUACAGGCGGUCAUCCUCGCGUGCGAGGAUGGAAAGAGGCUUUAUCCCCUCACGCAGGACGUCCCCGCCCCGCUGUUGCCCGUGCUCAACAACCCUCUCCUUCACUACCAGCUUGAGCUACUCGAGAAAGCCGGAUACACAGAGGCGCUGGUGGUGUGCUCGAGAGUGACGGAGGUGGGCGUGGCCAAGUACAAGGAGACCUACACGGGAGCGCUUACCCUAGACCUCGUGGUAGUGAACGGGUCGCUGGACACGGCGGAGGUGCUGCGGCAGGUGGCGGGGAGCAUCAGAAGCGACUUCCUGCUUCUCCCGGGGGACCUGGUGUGCGAAGAAGUGUUGCGGGAUCUUGCGGAGCUGCACGUAUCGAAGCGUUCGGACGUGACCAUGGUCGUGAAGGAGGAGGCCCCCGUCAAGGACGCCAAGGGUCGCAAGACAGUGCGGCCCAAAAGGGACGAGGAGGACAUCGACUACGUGGGGCUUACUCAGAGCGGACGACUAGUCAUCAAGCUGCCGAAAUUGUUCGUGGAAGAGGCGUUGCGCAUCCAAAAGGCGUUGCUCCGUCGCCACGAAACGGUGACGCUCAGCACUACCCUGCAAGACGUGAGCGUGUACGUGUUGGCGCACUGGGUCUUGGGCUUCCUGGACGAUCAAAGAGCUAUCACGAGCGUUCAGAACGAGCUGGUGCCCGCCCUCGUGAGGAGACAGUUCAGAAACCCCACCACGGGGGGUGAGCCCCUAACCAAGCGCGUUGGUUCGGUUGCGGGAGAGGCUCUGCGAGGAGAUGCGAUGGUCGCUCGCAUGAGCAGCUGGAGGCCUAGCCCCGAUGGCGACACGGCGGACCCGGGAGAAGGCACGCCCGGCGUGAACGAGGUUCGGUGCUUCGCCCUGACUUUGAGGCACGGAGAGGCCUACUGCUCGCAGGCCAAGACUUUGGCGGCCUACUGCACCAUUAACAGGGAGCUGUUGACCAUGAGGGAGUUCUCGGACAAGUGCCCGUGGAGCAUGCCGGACGGCUUCCGCCCCAAAGACUCAACCCUCGUAGGCGAAGGCUGCCACUUGGGGCCGAAGGGAACCCUCAAGUUCUCGGUGAUCGGCCAGGCGUGCAAGAUCGGCGAGAAGGCCAAGAUCAACAACUGCAUCAUCAUGGAUGGUGUCACCAUCGGGGACAAAUCGGACCCGAAUAUAAGGUACCCAGUGGCACCAAGGAGAAACAGGAAACGUACGUCGUUUGAGCCGCAGUAA